AUGGCUGAAAGCUUAAGUGCUAUUCUCAUUAUCAAUCUUUUAUGUUUUGCUUUCUUUGCCAUUUCUACUACGGCAGCUAGAAAUGGACUGAAAAAUCCAUUAGACGCCACCACAUUAGGCAAAGAUGAUGUUUCCUUUACUGGGACUAACUUCACUUAUGUCUGUGACCCUUCUAGGUAUGCUGCCCUUGGAUUGGACAUGGCAAAUUUUUCCUUCUGGAUCCUCGAUGGGGAAGACCCAUUGAAAACACACUGGAGAAGAUCCUUCAUUGAAACACCUGGAGAAGAUCCUUUCAUCGUAGGUAGAUAUGCUUCUAGUUUUGUAAGAGGCUUACAAGAUGUGGAAGGGACUGAAAAUCACCCAGAUCCAGACUCUAGACCUCUCAAAGUUUCCUCAUGUUGCAAGCACUUUACUGCAUAUGAUCUUGAAAAUUGGAAUAACACUGAACGUUAUAUCUUUGAUGCUAGAGUGCAUGAACAAGAUAUGGUAGAAACUUUUAAUCGACCUUUCGAGAUGUGCAUUAAAGAAGGUGAUGUGAGCAGUAUUAUGUGCUCUUUCAAUCGUGUUAACGGCAUACCUGCUUGUGCUGAUCCAAAGCUCCUAAAUCAAACCAUCAGAGGAGAGUGGAAUCUUCACGGAUAUAUAGUAUCAGAUUGUGAUUCCAUCCAAGUUAUGGUUGAACGCCAUAAAUUUCUUGAUGACACCAAGGAGGAUGCAGUUGCAAGAACACUUAAAGCAGGCUUGGAUCUGGACUGUGGAGAAUACUACACCAAAAACACUGAAGCUUCAGUAAAUGAAGCUUCAGUCGGGGAAGAAGACAUAGAUAGGUCACUUAAAUAUCUCUAUGUGGUGCUUCUGAGAGUAGGGUUCUUUGAUGGAAUCCCUCAAUUUCAAUCUCUUGGCAUCAAAGACGUGUGUUCCGAACAACACAUUGAAUUAGCAGCACAAGCUGCGAGGGACGGAAUUGUCCUGCUAAAAAAUAAUGAUGAUACUUUACCCUUGAAGUCUGAUACGAUCAAAACCUUAGCUAUGGUUGGUCCACACGCUAACGCUACAAAGGCUAUGAUUGGAAAUUAUGCAGGAAUUCCGUGCCGAUAUAUCUCUCCUAUUGAUGGGUUUUCGACAUAUGCAAAAGUGAGUUAUGCAAGUGGAUGCGUCGACGUUGCUUGUAGGGAUGACAAGUUGGUAUUCCCAGCAAUGCAAGUUGCACAGGAAGCUGAUGCUACUAUAAUAUUAGCAGGUAUUGACUUGUCUGUUGAAGCCGAAACCAGAGAUCGGGAGGAUCUCCUCCUUCCUGGUUACCAAACUGAACUUAUCAACAAUGUUGCGAAUGCUGCCAAAGGUCCAGUUAUUCUCGUAAUCAUGUCAGCAGGAGGAAUAGAUAUCACUUUCGCUAAAAACAAUGUCAACAUCAAAGCCAUUUUGUGGGCUGGGUACCCUGGAGAAGAAGGUGGUCGGGCCAUUGCAGAUGUUGUUUUCGGAAAACACAAUCCUGGAGGAAGACUACCACUCACUUGGCAUCAAACAAAUUUUGUUGAUCAACUACCAAUGACAUCACUACAAUUGAGGCCAAAUGAUGAAUUAAGCUUUCCAGGUCGAACUUAUAAAUUCUUUAAUGGCUCUACAGUUUACCCAUUUGGGUAUGGACUCAGCUACACUAACUUCACUUACAAGUUAACAUCUCCAAGAACAUCAGUCAAUAUAAAACUAAACAGGUUCCAACAUUGCCAUAAUUUGAACUACAAAGAAGACACCUUCACACCUCCAUGUCCAUCGGUCCGAACUAAUGACUUAUCCUGUAAGGAAAGUUUUCAGUUCGAUAUUGAAUUGAAAAAUGUGGGAUCCAGAGAUGGAAGUGAAGUUAUGAUUGUAUACUCCAAGCCUCCGGAAGGAAUUAUAGGGGCAAAUAUUAAGCAAGUGAUUGGGUUUAAGAGGCUUUUUGUUAAAGCUAAAAGUAGUCAGAAGGUUAGUUUUGAGUUUAAUGUUUGUAAAAGCCUGCAGAUCAUAGACUACUGCUUAUAGUGUUCUAAUGCUUAUAGUGUUCUGCCAUCGGGAGGGCACACUAUCAUGAUUGGGGAUGAUGUAAUUUCUUUUCCAUUUCAAAUUAGUUUUAGUUAGGUAAUUAGUAGUGAUAAUAAAUUUGAAGUUAGGGAGAUGUUAGCUAGCAACGUAGCUAUUGUCUAAAAUUAGAAGUGAAUAAAAUUUAGUUUUGAUUUAUGAUUUUGAUAGUAAA